AUGGAAUUGGCCCUAGCAGUGACCAUCCGUGAAAAAAUUAUAGGUAAAGUCAAUGAUGCGAGGUGGUUCUCUGUCAUUAUUGAUGAAUGCACAGAUGUUUCUGUAGAUCAAAGUCUAAUAUUUUAUGUUAGGAAUCUUCAACAAGGAAAAGUGUUCACUCACUAUUUAUGUUUAGUUGAAAUGCAAGGUGCAACAGCUGAAGACAUUUUUUCUUCAGUUGUGAAAGCAUUGGAGGCAAUGGAUAUCGACAUUUCUAAGUGUUCAUCUUUGGGUACUGAUGGGCCAUCAGUAAUGACAGGUGUCAGGGCAGGGGUGGCUAUGCUUUUUAAAAAGAGAAAUCCCCACUUAAUUUCUGUGCACUGUGUUGCACAUAAACUAAACUUGGCUGUUAGCCAAGCAGCAGCAGAAAUAGCAUAUCUAGUCAAGUACCAGGACAUUCUAAAGCGAAUCCAUGCGUAUUUUGAACGCUCUCCUGCGAAUACUAGACGCCUGAAAAAUGCUCAGGAGAGUCUCGAUCAAACUCCAAAAAUAUUUCUUAAACUAUCAGCAACUCGCUGGUUAUCCUUAGGAAAUGCUGUUGCAGCUCUGGACUGCAACUGGCAAGCUCUUGUGUGUGUUUUGCUAGAAGACAAACGACCAGUUGCACAAGGAUUGCUUAAAAAUAUUACUUCGUAUUUGUUUUUAGCAACCACUGCAAUCAUGAGUGAUGUCAUGUUUGUAAUGAACAAAUUAUGUACAACGUUUCAAAAUGCCAAUUUGGAUUUUGAAAAUGUUCAUUAUGUUGAUGCUAGCAGUGCUAACUUAAAGGAAAUGACAAAUGGAACAGGUACCCAUUUUAUAAGCUUUAUGGAUGCUGCCCCAAAAGAAGCUAGUGAACAUUUUGAGUUUCAAGGCCAUGUAAUUUUAGAUGGACAGAAACAAAGGGAGAAAUUUAGAAAUGUGAUGACAACCCUUUUAAAUUCUACAAUUAAUAAUGUAAUUGAUAGGCUGGGAGAUUUACAUAAUAUUAAGAUGUUCAAUAUCUUUUUGCCCAGCAAUAUACCCCAGGAUUCUUCCAAAUUAAACGAAUAUGGUCAGAAAGAAAUUAAAUGCAUAUACAGGUUAUUGUCGAGUAGUUCUGCUUUAAAAGAUGUAACAGAAAUUGAUAUGUUAUGUGAAUGGGGAUUAUUCAAACAUAUCUUACAGCAGAGAUGCAGAAAUUUGACAUUCAAGGAAUUGCUUGCAUUUCUGCAUGUAAAUGAUAGGUCUGAAGAAUUCCCAUUAAUGUUCAUGUUAAUUGAAUACUGUGCAACAUUUCCAAUGCAUACAGUUGAUUGUGAAAGAGGAUUUAGUUCCUUAAAUUUAAUAAAAAAUGAUAUAAGGAACAGGUUAACAAUUCACAAUAUUAACCAUCUGUUAAUGAUAAAUCUUGAAGGCCCUGCAAAUGGUUUUAACUUCAAUGAGGCAUUUGCAAAAUGGGCCAACAUGAAAGAACGAAGAAUUCUGCAGUGUAAGCCAAAUUCAUUCGUAAAAUAA